GUGCGUCUGAACUGGAGAUCCUAUUACAGACAUCCAGACUUUUUCAUGGCAAGUUUUUUGUUUUUUUCUGGAGGUGGGGGGAGGGCGAGUCUGCAACUUUCUGUCUUUUUUCGUGCCCAGCCUAAAUGCUUCGAAUGAAAACUUUACGUUGUUUUGAACAAACGAUGCGUUUUUUCUGGAAGUGAGGACGGGGUUUUUUUUGGUUUUUUUUGUGGAGCUGUUCGGAUUUGGAUAAUGAAGGAAUCCAAGAGGACGCAGCGAGGAUCGGACGAGAAGCGCAGAAUAAAAAAAGUUUGGGAGGACUGCGAGAAAACUUCGAAGCGCCCCCGCAGAUUCCCCUCACCAUGCCGAAUUUGGUAACUUAUUCGAAAUCUAACCAGGAAAGCUUCAUCUUUGGGUUUCUCGAGGAAACAGCACAAGUAAAGCACUAGAAUUCAAAGUGAUUUUUUAUUUUUUAUUUUUUGCCCAGUUGAACCAACUACUCCCAAGAUGUCUUCCCAGGGUUGGAGCCCCAUUGUUGGAUUUUACGGGAUGCUUUGCGUCUGGGCUGCCUGGCUCUCGGGCUCCGGGGCGGCGUUGUCUCCAAACGGGACUGUGUUUGAGGAUAACUGCAAGAAAACCUCGACUUGCGAGGCGCUUAAAUACAACACAUGUCUGGGAUCGCCUCUACCGUACACGCAUACAUCUCUGGUCCUGGCGGAGGACUCCAGCACCCAGGAUGAGGCUUUUGAGAAGUUGACCAUGUGGUCCGGUCUGCGGAACGCUCCCCGCUGUUGGUCCGUCAUCCAGCCUCUGCUCUGUGCCAUCUACAUGCCCAAAUGUGAGAACGGCCGGGUCGAGCUGCCCAGUCAGAGCCUGUGUUUGGCUACACGGCGGCCAUGUAGCAUAGUAGACCAGGAGAGAGGCUGGCCCGGCUUCCUCAAGUGUGACAAAUUCCCCAUGGGCUGUUCGAAUGAGGUGCAGAAGCUGAAGUUCAACAUGUCGGGCCAGUGUGAAGCUCCCCUGGUGAAGACAGACAUUCAGUCCAGCUGGUACAAGGACGUGGAGGGCUGUGGUAUCCAGUGUGACAACCCGCUGUUCACCGAGGAGGAGCACAAUGACAUGCACGCCUACAUCGCGUACUUUGGCACCAUCACCCUCCUCUGCACCUUCUUCACCCUGGCGACGUUUCUUGCCGACUGGAGGAAUUCCAACCGCUACCCAGCCGUCAUUCUCUUCUACAUCAACGCCUGUUUUUUCGUGGGCAGUAUCGGCUGGCUGGCCCAGUUCCUGGAUGGAGCACGCGACGAGAUUGUGUGCAAGAGCGACAACACCAUGCGACUCGGGGAGCCGUCGUCUUCAGAGACGCUGUCAUGCGUCACCAUCUUCAUCAUCGUGUACUACUCCCUGAUGUCGGGCGUGAUUUGGUUCGUCAUGCUGACCUACGCCUGGCACACGUCCUUCAAAGCCCUGGGCACCACGCAGCAGCCGCUGUCUGGCAGAACCUCCUACUUCCACAUGGUCACCUGGUCCAUCCCCUUCGUCCUCACCGUGGCCAUCCUGGCUAUCGCUGAGGUGGACGGAGACUCCGUGAGCGGGAUCUGUUUCGUCGGCUAUAAGAACUACAGAUACCGUGCUGGGUUUGUGCUGGCCCCCAUUGGAGUGGUGCUUGUUGUCGGCGGCUACUUCCUCAUUCGGGGCGUCAUGACUUUGUUUUCCAUUAAGAGUAACCACCCAGGACUACUGAGUGAGAAAGCUGCCAGCAAAAUCAACGAGACGAUGCUCAGACUUGGUAUUUUUGGAUUCCUCGCUUUCGGUUUUGUUUUCAUCACCUUCGGCUGCCACUUCUAUGACUUCUUCAACCAGGCUGAAUGGGAGAGGAGCUUCAGAGAAUAUGUGCUGUGUGAAGCCAACGUGACGAUCGCCUCUCAGACCAACAAGCCAAUCCCAGAAUGCACCAUUAAGAACCGGCCCAGCCUGAUGGUGGAGAAAAUCAACCUGUUCUCCAUGUUUGGGACGGGUAUUGCUAUGAGUACCUGGGUCUGGACCAAGGCCACCAUCCUCAUCUGGAAACGGACCUGGUGCAAGAUUCUUGGCCGUAGUGACAAUGAACCCAAGAGGAUCAAGAAGAGCAAGAUGAUCGCCAAGGCAUUCGCGUUGAGGAAGGAGCUUCACAAGGACCCAGAGAAGGAGCUGUCCUUCAGUAUGCACACCGUGUCCCAUGAAGGACCAGUGGCUGGAAUAAAUUUUGAACUAAAUGAGCCGUCCAAUGACAUGUCAUCAGCUUGGGCGCAGCAUGUGACCAAGAUGGUGGCCAGACGAGGUGCCAUCCUGCCUCAGGACAUCUCUGUUACUCCUACUGGCACACCAGUACCACCUCCAGAGGAGAGGAACAGGCUGUGGAUGGUGGAGGCUGAGAUCUCACCAGAGAUGAUAAAGAGGAAAAAGAAGAAGAAGAAGAGGAAGAAGGAAGUGCGUCCAGCGGAGGAAGAGGUGGACAACCAGGCUUAUCGCCAGCGCGAGUUUGGUCGCAGCUCGGUGCCUCGCUUGCCCAAGUUGCCAUGCCACCCCAGUCUGGUCGCUAAUCUGCGGGAGCAGCAGAGGCAACAGCAGAAGAUGGAGGAGGAAGUCCUGCCAGGGUCCUACCCAGAUAUCCAACCCUCUCACUCCCAGUCCCGUGAGCAGAGGUGCCCUUAUCCAUCUUACCAGAGCAGUCGGUACAGCUACAGCCGCAACCACCCUCCGACCUUCAACAACCGCCCAGAGGAUCUGGGUCUCGGGCCACGAUGCCUCCCCUCAGCCUCCACCUGGCAGCCCAGUGGACCUUCCAGCUACCCGGGGGAGACGGAUCUCACCGACGGGCUGUCAGAGAGGAUGGCCCACGUGGCUCGGGUACCGGCAGGACGAAGGUCCGGCUAUGGACCCAUUCACUCCCGGACCAAUUUAAUGGAGGCGGAGCUUAUGGAUGCCGACUCUGACUUCUAGGAGCACAGCUCCGAUGUAUAUGCUUUGUGGUACACAGACAGUAAGCUACAAAAAGUGCUGGAUACUUUAAAAAUUCGUAUUAAAGUGCAUCUAAUUCCACCGGUCCAGAUGGAAGUUUUUAUAUAUUAUUUUUUGGUCAAAAAACAAAGGGAUAAAGUGAAAAAAUAUGUUGUGAAUAAGUUAAUGAAAGACUAUUUUUUUAUACUUUAUUUGUGUCCAAUCAAAUUUCAAAGGCAACUCCAUGAUGACAAGACAAAAGGCAGCUAAACUUUAUAUGGCUUGAAACAGAACCCCCUAUGUAUUCAUCAGCAGGUGUCAGCCCAGCCAGACCUCCAACUCUAAACGUGGCCGGGAAAGUCACGGUGUCACAGAUGAAGUUCAGUUUGACACUGUCAACUUGUUUUUUGGAAUUACCACUAAGGAUAUUUGAAGAUGAACGCAGUGGAAAAAGUCAGUUAUAUUGUUAUUCUUUGAAUGACAGCUUGUGUCAUCAUUAUUUUUACUGCCCCGGGGCUGUAAAACCGGACUCGUACAGAAGAACAUACAGGUUUAAAAAUGCUGCGGGCUACUUGCAAAUACUUUUGAACCCAGGUCUUAUAUUGUGUUUCUAAGACUCCAUUUCUCUCUUCCCACCACUAUUUAGCCAUUAAUCUCUAUGUUUAUGUACAGUUAACGUGAGGUGCAAUUUGCAUUAUGCUCGGUUGCCUGGUGCAAUAAACCUACAAUGAGCUUAUUUUUGGCCUGGAGGAAAAGAAAUACUGAAGUGAAUGCUGUGGCCUGGAUACUUCAGAACAACUUUUCUCCUUGAAAGUGUUGUUUUUUUUUACAGCAGUAUUUCUACUGUUAAUCUGUUGUACAUAUUCAAUAUAAACUGGGCUUCAUAUGUGCGUUUUCCUUUCUUCAGUCCAGUUCAAACUCUUGUGUUUGACGUAUUUUAGACAGCAGUGGGCUCAGAGGUCACUUUUUAAGUAAAUGCUUCUAUUUUACAGUAUCUUUCUAAAUGUGUGUUGUGUAUAUAGGAUGUUCAUAGAUUUCUUAACAAGGGUAUUAUUUGUACAGAUUUAUAUAUCAAAUCACUUCAUUACUCUGCUGAUAUGAUAAAUAAAAAGGGAAGAGUCAACUAUGCUAUAAAAAGUUGUCACUGUACUUGUGCUGUAACCAAAACUUCACCUAGUAUUGUCAUUUUACACUCGAUAUGGAUAAAUGAUGCUGAAGUCAUUCUUAGCCAACGGUAAGUAGUUUAAUGCAAGUGUCUAGAUAUUCAUGUGAGAUGUGUAUGAUAGAGAAUUAUUUAUGUUAUAAGUAGUUACCACACUGCUAUGAAUUCUACAAUAUAAGGAGUUGGGUAACAAAAUAAAGAAUAGCUGAUAUCCACCCAAAAUGUUAAUGUUCAACGAUUAUUAAGAAGAUUAUGGUUUUACUUUGUAUGCCCUGAAAAGUAAUAACUUCUGUUUUUGUGAGCUGUCAAACUGAUUUAGGCCUACCCGCAGGCCUCGAGUUGCUUUCUGUGUUUAGUCUCCCAACUGUGUACAAAUAAGCUUAUACUGUCACUUUGUGCAGCUGUACUUUUUUUGUUUUUAUAUGUAAAUAAAAGGAACCCUUCACUUCU